UUGUGUGGUAAGCAAAAAAAUGUAAAAUUAAUUUUAUUCAACAAACUAACAUAUACAUUUUUUGGUCCCUUUUUCUUUUUUUUUCUGUUAAGUAGGAUAAGUUCUGAGCGUCGAAAAGAAAAGUCUAGAGAUGCUGCCAGAUCUCGGCGAAGCAAAGAGUCUGAAGUUUUUUACGAGCUUGCUCAUCAGUUGCCACUUCCCCAUAACGUGAGCUCACAUCUUGAUAAGGCUUCCGUUAUGAGGCUCACCAUCAGUUAUCUGCGUGUGAGAAAACUUCUGGAUGCUGGUGAUCUAGAUAUUGAAGAUGAAAUGAAGGCACAGAUGAACUGCUUUUAUUUGAAGGCCCUGGAUGGCUUUGUUAUGGUGCUUACCGAUGACGGUGACAUGAUUUACAUUUCUGAUAAUGUGAACAAGUACAUGGGGUUAACUCAGUUUGAACUAACUGGACACAGUGUGUUUGAUUUUACUCAUCCAUGUGACCAUGAGGAAAUGAAAGAAAUGCUUACACACAGAAAUGGGCCUGUGAAAAAGGGUAAAGAACAAAACACACAACGAAGCUUUUUUCUCAGAAUGAAGUGUACCCUAACCAGCCGGGGGCGAACGAUGAACAUAAAGUCUGCAACAUGGAAGGUACUUCACUGCACAGGCCAUAUUCAUGUAUAUGAUACCAACAGUAAUCAACCUCAGUGUGGAUAUAAGAAACCACCGAUGACCUGCUUGGUGCUGAUUUGUGAACCUAUUCCUCAUCCAUCCAAUAUUGAGAUUCCUCUAGAUAGCAAGACUUUUCUCAGUAGACACAGCCUGGAUAUGAAAUUUUCUUAUUGUGAUGAAAGAAUUACUGAAUUGAUGGGGUAUGAGCCAGAAGAGCUUCUGGGCCGGUCCAUUUAUGAAUAUUACCAUGCUUUGGAUUCUGAUCAUCUGACCAAAACUCACCAUGACAUGUUUACUAAAGGACAGGUCACCACAGGACAGUACAGGAUGCUUGCCAAAAGAGGUGGAUAUGUCUGGGUUGAAACUCAAGCAACUGUCAUAUACAACACCAAGAACUCUCAACCACAAUGCAUUGUGUGUGUAAAUUACGUUGUGAGUGGUAUUAUUCAGCAUGACUUGAUUUUCUCCCUUCAACAAACAGAAUGUGUCCUCAAGCCAGUUGAAUCUUCAGAUAUGAAAAUAACUCAGCUGUUCACCAAAGUUGAAUCAGAAGAUACAAGUAGUCUCUUUGAUAAGCUUAAGAAGGAACCCGAUGCUUUAACUUUGCUGGCCCCAGCUGCUGGAGACACAAUCAUAUCUUUAGACUUUAGCAGCAAUGACACAGAAACUGAUGACCAACAACUUGAGGAAGUUCCAUUGUAUAAUGAUGUAAUGUUCCCCUCGUCCAGUGAAAAAUUGCAGAAUAUAAAUUUGGCAAUGUCUCCAUUACCUGCUUCUGAAUCUCCAAAGCCACUUCGGAGUAGUACUGACCCUGCACUCAAUCAAGAAGUUGCAUUAAAAUUAGAACCAAAUGCAGAGUCACUGGAACUUUCUUUUACUAUGCCCCAGAUUCAAGAUCAACCAGCCAGUCCUUCUGAUGGGAGCACUAGACAAAGUUCACCUGAGCCUAACAGUCCCAGUGAAUAUUGUUUUGAUGUGGAUAGUGAUAUGGUUAAUGUAUUCAAGUUGGAAUUGGUAGAGAAACUUUUUGCUGAAGAUACGGAAGCAAAAAAUCCAUUUUCAACUCAGGACAAUGACUUAGACUUGGAGAUGUUGGCACCCUACAUCCCGAUGGAUGAUGAUUUCCAGUUACGCUCUUUUGAUCAGCUGUCACCGUUAGAAAGCAGUUCUGCAAGUCCCCAAAGUGUGAGCACAACUACAGUAUUCCAGCAGACUCAAAUGCAAGAACCUGCCAUUACCACCCCCACUGCCAACACUACCACGCCCACCACUGAGGAAUUAAAAACAGUGGCAAAAGACAGUAUGGAAGACAUUCAAAUACUAAUUGUAUCUCCACCUCCUACCCACCUACCUAAAGAAACUACUCAUGCCACCACAUCACCACCAUACAGCAGUACUCAAAGUCGGACAGCCUCACCAAACAGAGCAGGGAAAGGAGUCAUAGAACAGACAGAAAAAUCUCAUCCAAGAAGUCCUAAUGUGGUUCCUGUUAGUUUGAGUCAAAGAAAUACCAUUCCUGAGGAAGAACUAAAUCCAAAGAUACAAGCUUUGCAGAAUGCUCAGAGAAAGAGAAAAAUAGAACAUGAUGGUUCGCUUUUUCAAGCAGUAGGAAUUGGGACAUUAUUUCAGCAACCAGAUGACCGUGCAGCUACUACAUCACUUUCUUGGAAACGUGUAAAAGGAUGCAAAUCCAGUGAACAGAGUGGAAUGGAGCAAAAGACAAUUAUUUUAAUACCCUCUGAUUUAGCCUGUAGACUGUUGGGGCAAUCAAUGGACGAAAGUGGAUUACCACAGCUGACCAGUUACGAUUGUGAAGUUAAUGCUCCUAUACAAGGCAGCAGAAACCUACUGCAGGGUGAAGAAUUACUCAGAGCUUUGGAUCAAGUUAACUGAGCAUUCUCAUAAUCUCAUUCCUUUUAUUUGUUUGGGUUUUUGUUUUUCCUCCCCUUUGGACACUGGUGGCUCAUUACUUAAAGCAGUCUAUUUAUAUUUUCUAUACCUAAUUUUAGAAGCCUGGCUACAACACUGCACCGACGCGGAUAGUUCAGUUUUGACCCCCUUUCUACUUAAUUUACAUUAAUGCUCUUUUUUAAUAUGUUCUUUAAUGCGAGAUCACAGCACAUUUUCACAGUUCUUCGGUGUUUAAACCAUUGUAUUGCAGUAGUGGCAUUUAAAAAUGCACCUUUUUAUUUAUUUAUUUUUGGCUAGGGAAUCUGUCCCUUAUUGAAUUAUUUUUAAUAAGAAGCCAAUAUAAUUUUUUAAGAAGGCAGUAACCUUUCAUCAUGAUCAUAGGCAGUUGAAAAAAUUUUUACUCAUUUUUUUCACAUUUUACAUAAACAAUAAUGCUUUGCCAGCAGUAUAUGGUAGCCACAAUUGCACAAUAUAUUUUCUUAAAAAAUACGUACCAGCAGUUACUCAUGCAAUAUAUUCUGCAUUUAUAAAACUAGUUUUUAAGAGGAAAUUUUUUUUGGCCUAUGAAAUUGUUAAACCUAGAACAUGACAUUGUUAAUCUUAUAAUAAUGAUUCUUAAAUGCUGUAUGGUUUAUUUAAAUGGGAAAGCCAUUUACAGGAUGUAGAAAGAUAUGCAUAUAUCUGGAAGGUAAAUGGCAUUUAUUUGGAUAAAAUUCUCAAUUCAGAGAAAUCAUCUGAUGUUUCUGUAGUUACUUUGCCAGCUCAAAAAGAAAACAAUACUCUAUGUAGUUGUGAAAGUUUAUGCUAAUAUUGUGUACUUGAUAUUAAACCUCAAUGUUCUGCCCACCCUGUUGGUAUAAAGAUAUUUUGAGCAGACUGUAAACAAAAAAUCAUGCAUUGUUAGUAAAAUCGCCUAGUAUGUUAAUUUGCUCAAAAUACAAUGUUUGGUUUUAUGCACUUUGUCGCUAUUAACAUCCUUUUUUCCUAUAGAUUUCAAUAAUUGAGUAAUUUUAGAAGCAUUAUUUUAGGAGUAUAUAGUUGUUAUAGUAAACAUCUUGUUUUUUCUGUGUACAUUGUACAAAUUUUUCAUUCCUUUGCUCUUUGUGGUUGGGUCUAACACUAACUGUAUUGUUUUGUUACAUCAAAUAAACAUCUUCUGUGGACCAGGCCCCCUUUGAUCAGCUUUUAUAGUUUAAAUAUCACCUCAUAAAAGUUGUUUCCCAACAAUUUAAGUACUUUAUGAAAAUCACGUUGUACAUUUCUACGUUUCUCUUAUUGGCAUCACCUUAAUGUAUGCUGUUCCUAAAUGUCAUGUUAAAUGAUAAAAACAUGAUACACAUUGUAAAGAGUAUGUUUUUAGAAAAGAUACUUGUCAUUUAUAAAUUUAUGAGCCUAUUAAAGCAUAAAACAAGAA